CUCAUUUCUAAUUUUCUUGCCUCUACUGGUGUUAGCUUAAACUUUCUUCUCUGCAGUAUCAUACUCAAACCGUCCAUAACUUUCUUUGCUCUUGCAAACACCAACUAUAACUUGUGUACCAAUUCUUUUGCUGCCUUGAAAACCACAAAAAACACAAGCUAACCAUGUCCACAAUUGCAAAGAGAGAUUUGAGUUCUAAUGAGGAAGAGAGUGAGCUGAGAAGAGGACCUUGGACUCUUGAAGAAGAUAGCCUGCUCAUUCACUAUAUUGCUCGUCAUGGUGAAGGUCGGUGGAAUAUGUUAGCCAAGAGUGCAGGGUUGAAGAGGACUGGAAAAAGCUGCAGACUCAGAUGGCUGAAUUAUUUGAAACCAGACAUUAAGAGAGGGAACCUCACUCCGCAGGAGCAACUCUUGAUCCUUGAACUCCAUUCCAAGUGGGGUAACAGGUGGUCAAAAAUUGCUCAGCAUCUGCCAGGAAGAACAGACAAUGAGAUCAAGAAUUAUUGGAGAACAAGGGUACAGAAGCAGGCACGCCAACUUAACAUUGAGUCUGGAAGCAAGAGAUUCAUCGAUGCUGUGAAGUGUUUUUGGAUGCCGAGGUUGCUCCAAAAGAUGGAACAGAACAAUUCUCCAAGUCCUCACUGUUCCAUGACAAGCAUGGUGAAUAUAGGUAAUUCUGGAGAAGCUUCUAUGAGUUCAACAUCAAGCAGCUUCAAUAUCCCCUCUAUGUUUUCAUCAUCUCCUCCACAAAGGGAAUUCAUUAUGGACGGUGCAAAUCAUCUUAGUACUGUGUCCAACCCCAUCAAUCCAUCCCCGGAUUCGUUCCCAUUUUCACAGCUGCUUGAAAUUUCUGAACACCCCAAAAGUCCUCCCAAUGUGCUUGAGAACAAUGUUUACAGCUAUCCAAUCCAGGACAAUUGCUAUGCUGAUACCAAUAACUAUGGCAUGGAAGGCCUAAACAUGGAUCCCCUUUCAGCCAUGGGAACUUACGACUUUCCACAGUUUGAUUUUCAGAGCGCAGGGAAUGGAUGGAUGCUAGACAGCGUGGAGGAUACUACUUUAUGGAACAUGGAUGCUAUGUGACAGUGUGUCAAGAGAAGGCAUGCAUCUCAAGUUCUUUAAUUGUGGGAUGGUAUAUCAUUGAAAACAAAAAAUUGAAGAUUCUUAUGCUAUACUGAUUCAUAGGGAGUAUACAUAAUAGUCUCAUUGUUAGAGAUUAGUAGCAAGUGUAACGAACGUGAUUUUAAUAUGAACCUUUUAAAAUAGCAUAUAUUUGAAUAGAAAAAUGCAGGAGAUGAUAUUAAUGUU